CGAGAGCCUGAGAAGUACUGCCUAUGUGCUCUGCAGCUGCUGCUCAGCGAAAUGAACACCGGAGAUACAGCGUUGCUUUUGUAAUCCACAGACAAACAGUCAAGUUUGCAACAGCAUCGCAAAUGAAGGAAGUAAUGUAGAGUCAUAUCAACGCAAUCGGCUUCACUGCCCAUUCACUCUAAGGAACGCUUUGUCAGAGCCAAAAAGUCAUAUUCUGCCAAAAUGCCGUCGCCUCAAGUCCUCCAGCCUGUUCUCAAGAUGAAAGUGGAUGAGCUUUUUCUCAACUGGUUGAGUGAUCCUGCAACACAGUCACUACUCAAAGACUAUCUUGACCUAAUCAAAAGUGGACAGCCAGUUGAUUUGAGCAGUGGGGACGCCCAGGACAAAAAGUCAUUGACCUUCAAUGAGAACAACAAUGUGGCAUCCCAAAGGAACCUGGUAGAGAAGAAGCCAACACCCCUCGGUACUCCCUCUAGCCCCCCAUCUGCCAGUACCCUGCCCUCUGGCAGCAGUAGUAACACCAGAGUGACCGGACCCAAUGGCAGAGUACUACGGAGGUCUGUCAGCACCAAAAAGGCCCAGGUGAGGACGGAGGAGCCCGUCACCACAGCGCUGAGUGAAAGCAUUCCAAAGUUUUACUUCCCACAGGGCCGGCCCCAAGCCAACCUCAACAUCGAUGGCCUCAUUUCCAAAAUUGAGAAAAUAUUUUCCCAAUUCCCAAAUGAAAGGGCCACCAUUGAGGACAUGGGGCAGGUCGCCAAGGCCUGUGAGUGUCCCCUCUACUGGAAAAUGCCAUUGUUCUGCUCCGCUGGAGGCGACAGGACCGGCUUCGUGUCCGUUCACAAGUUCGUGGCUAUGUGGAGAAAAACUCUGCAGACCUGUCACGACGACGCUUCUAAAUUUGUGCACCUCUUGGCCAAGCCUGGCUGUAAUUACCUGGAACAAGACGACUUUAUUCCAUUCCUGCAGGAUGUGGUGAACUCACACGCAGGCCUGGCCUUUCUGAAGGACGCACCAGAUUUUCACUCACGAUACAUCACCACGGUGAUUCAGAGGAUAUUCUACAAUGUGAACCGCUCAUGGUCUGGAAAAAUAACAUGUUCUGAGCUCAGGAAAAGUAACUUUCUUCAGAAUGUGGCGUUGCUGGAGCAGGAAGAGGACGUGAACCAGCUGACAGAGUUCUUCUCCUACGAACAUUUCUAUGUCAUCUACUGCAAGUUCUGGGAGCUGGACACUGACCACGACCUCUACAUAGACCAGAAGGACCUGGCACAGCACAAUGACCAAGCCAUCUCCCAUAAGAUGAUUGAGAGAAUAUUCUCAGGAACAGUAACAAGAGACAGAAAGGUGUACAAGGAGGGGCGACUCAGUUACGCUGAUUUUGUCUGGUUCCUCAUCUCUGAGGAGGACAAGAAGACUGACACCAGUAUAGAGUACUGGUUCCGCUGUAUGGACCUGGAUGGAGACGGCGUGCUCAGCAUGUACGAGCUGGAGUACUUCUACGAGGAUCAGUGCCAGAAGCUGGAGACCAUGGCCAUCGAGCCCCUUCCCUUCGAGGACUGCCUCUGCCAAAUGCUUGACCUCGUCAAGCCCGAGGUCGAAGGUAAGAUCACUCUGCGAGACCUUAAAAGGUGCAAGCUGUCCCACAUCUUCUUUGACACUUUCUUCAACAUUGAGAAGUACCUGGACCACGAGCAGAAGGACCCGUUCUCCGUUAUAAGGGAGAUGGAGACAGACGGCCAGGAGGUCUCAGACUGGGAGAAAUAUGCCGCUGAAGAGUAUGACAUCCUCGUGGCUGAAGAGGCCGCAAACGAACAGUGCAACGACGUCAGCAGCAGCAGAGCCCCUCUGAGCGAGAGUCAGUGAUAGAUGAGGCUGUUGACAGGUAUGUUGUGUGGCGGUUUUAGGAGCACCACCGAGUUCUAAAGACAGGCUGCUAACCAGAGCAGGUAAGACUUUCAGGGUACCAGCAGGGACUCAGUGCCCCCCCCCCUCCUCCUCCUCCUCCUCCUCCUCCUCCUCCUCUUCCCUCCUACUCUCUGGGAGAGUCCAGUCCUAAGCCCACUCCUAGCCUCUCCCUUCACCCUCCAAUCUGAGCAUACUGUUGACAGCAGAUAGUUGUUUUCCAGACAGCACAGUAUCAUGUGUAUGCGGCCAUGUCUUAGAGCUGGGAGUCUGUUUUUGAACCAGACACUUUGUUUUUAUCCUUCCUCUUCUAAGAACAAAAAGCUCUACUCCUGCAUUAUCUCUGUCCGUUCCUUCAUGUGUUGCUCCUGUUGCCUCUCCAGUUCAAUAUCUCCUGUCUGUUCAGAGGAGUACUUUGACAUUUUGGGAACUAAGCUUACGUGUUCUUGUCAAGAGUCAGAGGAAAAUAUCGACACCUCUCUCAUACCUGCAUGUUAAAAAUGAAGCUAUCGCCAGCAGCCAGUUAGCUUAGCUUAGCAUAAAGACUGGAAACAGGGGGAAACGGCUAGCCUGGAUCUGUCCAAUAAAAUCUGCUCAUGUAAACACAACAAGUUGGAGGUCAUGUGCCGUACUAUUUCAGCUAUUGACAGAUGUAAUUUCCUAAAGUCUUGUUGUUACCAUGAGGCUACCAAGCAACCAGCUGAGGCUUUUUUUUACAUGUUUUGUAUGAAAGUAAACAAGAUACUAGCAUUUGAAUCAAUAAGCAUUAAAGGUGCUGUUUACCCCUGUUCCCAGUCUUUGUGCUAAGCUAACAGUUUCUGGUGGUUUCACUGUUGAAUUGAUCUUCUCUGACUCUCAGAAAGCAAGCCAAUAACUGUGUUAAUUUUGUCAAUGAAAACUUUGAUGAUUAGCAUUCAUUUGUGUCAUUUUCUCUCAGGACUAAAUUGUAAGAACAACGUUAAUUCAAAAAAUAUUGACGACGAAAUCUCUGUUUGUUCUGAUGAGCAAAAAUAACACGAAGUUGGUUCUGUGUGGGUGGAAAACCUAAUUUCAAUCACAGUAGCUAUGUCAAAGCUUAGUCAUUUUCCUUUUAAACCACCUGCAUGAGUGAUUAGCUUGCCUCAUGCCAUUAACUCUGUCCCUGCUUUGUUUAUUGUUAAAUUUAGCUUACGGUAAACAUCUACUCCUUCUAAAAACUGAUUUCUUAUGACUCAAAACUAGACACUUACUCAUUCAGUGAAUAUUAAACUUGAUUCAGUAUUAAUUUUAGCUCCAUGUAAAGUGAAUAAAUGUGACGUUUGCCUGCUAAUGCUCCGCUCAUCUGCCUUGACAACAUAGUUUACACAUUUUCACAAUUGCCAAUUUAUUUUAUUUUAAAUAUUCUACUGAGUGAAACAUGACACUGAAUUUAGUGGAAGACAUUAGUAAGUUACUAGAUAUUAGUAAUAUGAAGACUUUGUAAUUUAGAGAGCUGUAGGCAUUCAUUUUUAUGUUUAUACAAGACGUACAGGAAAUCAGUAACACAUUAUUAGCAUAGAUGACUGAAUGGAUUUUGUGCAGCCAGGAGAAAUGUCUCUAAAAUUGUCAGAGAAAAUUAUAUCUAUAACACUGAAUAAAACUAAAACAGUUUCACUGACUAAAUCUUUACUAAAACAAGACAAAAAACCACCAGAAAUUUCAGCAAGACCAAAACUAAGUUUAAAAUUCUUAUCAAAGUUAACACUGGAGAAUAAGUAUAUUUACCAAAUGUCAAACUAUUCCUUUAACAUGGUUAUCCUUAAGCACGUUCACCAGAGUUAGUAUUACUGUUGACUGUGUUUGAAUGACCGUAUCACUGAUCUUUCCCUCCGUGUGUAU